ACUGCAUCAUCCUCUUUUAAAUCUCCUCUCGGUGCGUGAGUCAUUCUGAUUCAUACUCCUUCCAGCUCCUGAAGCUGUCCCUGGCGCUGCAGCGCUGCAUUAUGCCGUCAAAUAACAAGAAAAAGAAGAAGCCCGCAUCGAACCCUGCCCGCGGAUUCGCAACAGUCUCCGUUCCAUCCAAAGUAAAGCCCGCGGACUCGUCAGGGCCAGCCUCGACGGUCGAGUCGAAGUCGGUCUCGGAGAGCGAGCGCCCAACGCCUGCAGAGCCUACGAAACUUGUUCAACAGCCAAACGAAGCCCCGUCAUUGCAGAAUUACACGCCGGAGGAACUCGAACGUCAUCUAGAGGAUGCCGAACUGCAGAUACUGGUGGAAAAGUAUGCAGCAAAGUGCAAAAGCGAUGCUGUCCGUCAGGCUGCGAAACUAGACACGGAAAAAAGAGUUCUUCGGCAGCAGGCCAUCCCCGUGAACCUGCUUGAAUGGCUCCCGUCCGAUGUGGUGAACUCUAUACUCAGUCUGGCCGAGGCCGAGGAGCAGGGACUCAUCCCGCAGUCAGUGCGCGAUGCGAAACGGGCAGUCUCAGAGGAUGAUCUGUGCAUGAAGCUAUGGACUUUGAAAGAUACCCUUUUGAAAUUGGGUUUCCCCGAAAACCGGGUUGAAGAAGCGCUGAAGCACGUAUUGGUCUACUAUGCUGGAAACUUCUCCGUUACUAACCGCGAUGUCGUGUGCAAUCUGGACGAAGCCCUCGAGUGGCUCGCGAUGCACUGCAAACCUGAAGAAUUGCCCUCAUAUACACAGACUGGCCAACGUAAAGAUACGGACAAGAACAUUUCCUGGAUCUCUGAUCGUGAGUCAGGGCAAUCCACUCCCAAAUCAACCUCAAGCGACAAGAAAAAGGCGAAGCCUGUCUUUAAGGCGCCGAUACCACAAGCCGAUCCUUAUGAGUCCGAUAGCUCUCUUGAUCCGGACACAUUGGUUCCGACGUAUCUAGAUCUACAGACCCGUUUGUAUAAUCUUCGCCCAGAGAUUUUCGACAAGCCAAAAAAAGGCAAGAAAAGUCGCGUGCCUACCAGUGCUGCAGACGAUCCGCAAGCCUCAAAGCUCCAGCGGAAGAUCUCAGCUAUUGAGAACGAUGUCCUCUUUGACCGCAAGGAAGCAGAGUACUUUUGGAAAGAGAAAUUGGACGAACUCAGAAAGGAGGCUGCUAUAUUCCGACGAGCUGACACAGAAAUAGAGCUGGUAGAGAAGAAGGAGCCAGAGCCAGAGCCAGACACUACGCCACCACUGGAAGAUGGCGAUGGUGACCUUCUGGGAGACAUGUUCCAGGACGAUGAACCCACUCUAGAGCUGGGAGUAAUUACAGAGGAGCUGAACAAGGCUUCGAUUACAAUCCGUGAUUUUGGAAAGUGGACGGGCCUCAGCCCUCGUCGUGUCCUAGAAGAAGCGUGCAAAGCACGCGACUCCGGGUGUAAAGUCCUUUUCAAAGACAUUUCUUCGUCGUCGCAGAUGAAUCGAAUGGCGCUGGAAGUGAGGUGGUCAAAACCGCAGGAGGUUCCGUCUCCGUUCUCACAGGAAUUGAUCACCCACAAGUCCAGCUCAUACGCCACAUUUGUCUCUAUGGACAAGAUAGCCACUCCGACUUUACAGCAGGCCGAAUCAUUCGCGUCUACCUUUGCUCUUUUCAUCCUCUUUCCGCAAAAUUCUAAAGAAGGCAAGGCUUAUUUGCGUCUUCCAGUCGCAUGGAGAGAUCUGUGGGCUGAAUUCGCCGCCGCGAAGAAGGAGCAAGAGGACGAAGCUGAUAAGCAGGUGGUAAAAAAUCUGAGGAAACUAAUCUCGGAGAACCAUGGUGCGUUUGAAGACGACGUUGUUCUCUCCGACAACUUUCGAAGACGAAAUGGGACGCCAAAGAACCGAUCCCCAGUGCGAGCAGGCAAAAAGGAGAUCCCAGGCCCGAACGAGCAAUUGAUCCAGGCUUGGAUGGAAAAGUCCUCCACCCCGGCCUUCCAGUACAUGGUCCAAGGCCGAAUGAACCUGCCGAUUUGGGAAUUCAAGAACGAAAUUCUCAGUACACUCGAAUCGCACCGUGUCCUUAUCAUUUGCAGUGAGACUGGAAGUGGUAAGAGUACGCAAAUUCCAUCAUUCAUCCUCGAGCACGAGAUGCUCUCGGGGCGUCCUUGCAAGAUCUAUGUGACCGAGCCGCGGCGUAUCUCUGCUAUGUCUCUCGCGCGAAGAGUCAGCGAAGAGUUGGGAGAAACCAAGACCGACGUUGGGACGUCACGCUCUCUUAUUGGUUUUGCAGUCAGAUUGGAGAGCAAAGUGAGCCAGUCGACCAGACUAGUGUUUGCGACUACCGGAGUUGUGGUGCGAAUGCUGGAGCGCCCAGACGAUUUCCAGGACGUGACACACGUGGUACUGGACGAAGUACAUGAGCGUUCGAUUGACAGCGACUUUCUUCUCAUAGUCCUGCGCCGGUUGAUGCAGAAACGGCCGGAUCUGAAGCUUAUUCUCAUGUCCGCGACGCUUGAAGCUCAACGCUUCUCAACGUAUCUCGGCGGUGUUCCCGUCUUGAACAUCCCAGGACGCACAUUCCCGGUCGAGACCAAGUUUCUGGAAGAUGCUGUCGAGUUUACUCAGUACCGGCUUUCUGAAAAUGAAGCAAGUACUGUACGCGACGAAGAUGACGAUCUGGAAAUUGAUCAAGGCGAAUCCUCGGGCGUGGUGGCUACAUUGGACGGAUACUCCAAGCAGACGCGCGAGACAAUCGCCAAAUUCGAUGAAUACCGACUCGACUACCAGCUAAUCAAGCGGCUACUCUUGAAGCUCGCAACAACACCAGAAAUGGAAUACUACAGCAAAGCCAUCCUCGUGUUUUUACCUGGUAUGGCAGAGAUCCGUCGAUUAAACGACGAACUUCUCUCGGAGCCGGUCUUCCAGCAAGGAUGGAUCGUGCACGCCCUUCACUCGUCUAUCGCUAGCGAGGAACAGGAGAAGGCGUUUGUGGUACCUCCAGAGGGGAUGCGUAAAAUUGUAAUUGCCACCAACAUUGCAGAGACGGGUAUCACUAUUCCGGAUAUUACGGCUGUCAUUGACGCAGGAAAGGAGAAGACAAUGCGAUUCGAUGAACGACGACAACUCUCCCGACUCGUGGAGGCUUUCAUCUCUCGAGCCAACGCAAAGCAACGACGUGGAAGAGCAGGUCGAGUGCAAGCUGGUAUCUGCUUCCACAUGUUCACAAAGCAUCGCCAUGACAAACUUCUGGCCGAACAACAAACUCCCGAAAUGCUUCGCCUCUCCCUGCAAGACCUCGUCCUGCGCGUCAAAAUCUGCAAACUCGGCGAAGUCGAGCCGACCCUUCUGGAAGCGCUGGACCCGCCCUCCUCCAAGAACAUCCGGCGCGCGAUCGACGCCCUCAAAGAGGUUAAGGCCUUGACGGCCUCGGAGAACCUUACCCCGCUGGGACAGCAGCUGGCAAAGCUUCCGCUGGACGUGUUCCUGGGCAAGCUGAUCAUCCAUGGGGCGUUCUUCAAGUGUCUGGAUGCGGCGGUGAGCAUUGCUGCGAUUUUGUCGUCCAAGUCGCCGUUUGUGAGUGCCAUGGGGUCGAACACUCAGAAGGAGGCGGCGAGGCUCUCCUUCAGACGGGGCGACUCGGAUUUACUUACUGUCUACAACGCAUACUGCGGCUGGAGACGCACUCGUAGCACACCAGGAGCAAACGAAUACGCCUAUUGCAGGAAGAACUUUCUCUCCUCACAGACUCUGCUGAACAUCGAAGACGUCAAGCUCCAGCUCAUCGUCUCUAUUGCCGACGCAGGUCUCAUCACCCUCGACGCCGGUCAGAAAGCAUCACUCAACCGCGCCCGCUCCACCCGCCAACGCCACAUCUUCACAGUCCCCGAAGUCCACGACACAAACACCACGAACGAUCCCUUGAUAAACUCCGUAAUCGCCUGGUCCUUCUACCCGAAACUCCUCACCCGCGAAGGCAAAGGCUGGCGCAACAUCGCCAACAACCAACCCGUAACCAUCCACCCAACCUCCGUAAACCGCACAUCCGACCCAUCGGUAACGAAAUACCUCAGCUACUACCACAUCAUGCAAUCGGCCUCAGCCCGAAGCAAACACUACAACGCGUUCGAAACGAGCGUUGUCGAGGACUUCCCGCUUAUGCUGCUUGCCGGCGAGGCGGAUGUGCGGUUGCAUAGCGGGGUGUUGUCGGUUGAUUCGAAUAGAUUGAGGUUUUCGGUGAGGGAGUGGAAGGGGAUGUUGGCGGUUAGGGUUCUGGGUAUGAAGGUGAGGGAGAUCUUGCAGGGGGUUUUUAGGGAUCCGCAGGCGGUGUUGUCGUUUAAGCAGAAGAGGUGGAUGGAGAUUUGGGAGGGGGUUUGGGGGGCGAGGGAGGAGAGGAGGGAGAGGGAUAGAUAGAUACUGUGGUUCUUCUGGGAUUUUGGUAGAGUAGAAAGUGGUGGGGGGGCUUGCUACUCUGUGUACAGUGGAUAGACACGAGAGACUUAGAUGCAUAAAAGGAAGAAACGAGCUUUCGAUGAUAUAUGAUCAAGCGAGUACAAGUAUACCGUCUAACAACAGCCAAUAAACACAGUCUAACAUCAUUUAUCAAAAAGCAAGGGAGAGAGAAAGAAAGGCAAGAUUCACCCCCAAACAUCCUCCUGCCACUUGCCCCUCCUCUUUACCCCCCUAACCCACUCCUCCGCUGCC